AUGGAACCCAACAAAUCCCUCAUCUACAAGGCCGAAACGCUCUACCUCCCGGUGCCAGGUGAGCAUCUCACCGUGGAGGACCGGCCAUUUGACCCCAAGGCAGCCCCUCCCGCUGGUGGACUGAGCGUCAAGAACCUGUUCUUGUCACUAGAUCCCUCCCAUCGUGGGCAGAUGUACAAGCCAUAUGAGACCUACAGCUACGCCGUGCCAUGGGUCCUGGGCCAGCCUGCUCGAGUGACCACACUCGGCAGCGUCAUUCAGUCUGAUAACGCUGGCUUCAAGCCGGGCGACCUCAUCCUGGCUUUCACUGUCGGCGCCGCUGCAGAGUACACCACCAUUACUGCCGACCAGUUGCCUUUGGUUCAGGUCUUGGCUCUUCCGGAGGGCGUGCCGCCUGAGCUACUCCCCCCUUCGAGGAUCUUGAGCGCCCUCGGAGUCCCGGGCCUGUCAGCAUAUGAGAGCUUCUUUGAAUAUGUCAAAGAGCCUCGCGAGGGCAAGACUAUAUUUAUUACGGCGGCAAGCGGUGCUGUGGGCCAAUUCGUCGGUCAGCUGGCGAAAAUGCAUGGCAUGAAGGUCAUCGGCAGCACUGGGAGCCAGGAAAAGGUCGAUUUUGUGGUAAAGGAGCUAGGGUAUGACGCUGCUUGGAACUACAAGACGGAGAAAACGAGCGAAGCCCUAGCUAAAUAUGCCCCUGAGGGUCUCGAUGUCUACUACGACAACGUUGGUGGUGAGCAGCUAGAGGCAGCUUUGAAGCACAUGAAGGACUUUGGUACGGUGAUUUCAAGCGGCAUGGUGGCUGUUUAUGGAACACCAGAUGAAGAAAAAUACGGCGUACGGACUCUCAUGGAGAUCUUUUUGAGGCGUCUUACGGUUCAAGGGUUCAUUUGCUCAGACCCUCACUUGAUCCAGAAGUACAUGCCGACUUUCGCUCGGGAUAUGAUUGGGUGGAUUGCGCAGGGCAAGAUUAAGACUAAAGAGCAUGUGGUGGUUGGGAUCGAGAAUGCGCCCCAGGCCCUGGUUGACAUGUGGACCGGGAAGAAAUUCGGAAAGAUGGUCGUUCAAGUUUGA